AUGUACUACGGAAUGGUGUGUUGAUAUUACAUUUCUUAUAGCGUGUUGUUAGCGAUUCUCGCUUUGUCUUCCUGUUUUUCUACGUGGAAAUUUUGAAGACCGACCAACCUGAGACUGACCGUUUGUCAGUCUUUAUUAAUUCUUUUUGUAUCUUAUUGUUAAACUAUCAUUACUUCAUAUCGUCGAGAAUACGGACGUGAUUACAGCGUUUUACAUCGAAGUAUCGAGCAACGAACAUUUAUCUGUGCUUGCGCGAAGACUUAACCUCACUCAAAAACAGUUUUGGAAGUUUCGUUGUAUAUAUAGCGUGCUCGGUGUCCUUUUAUCGAGGAUAAAAUCUGUAUUCGCCGAAAGGUUCAUAAAAUUGGACAGAAGACAACAAGAAGAUAUAAAACAUGCAAAUGACAGCAGCUGAAGAAUUUGUCAAAUGUCUUGCCAAUCUUCUAGAGGAAGGCAUGUGCGAUGAAGCUCAGAUAAUUUUUGAAAAAGAAAGAAUUGCAGUAAUCCGAAGCGUUACCAGCGAACUUGUAUCUGUCACGGCUAAAUAUCUUACAGAAUUUAAUGCACAAUAUGAGUCAGAACGAUUCGAAUGUUGUAAGGCAAUAUUGAACACUAUAGCGGAAAAAUGUAACCCCAUGGAGACUGUGCUUGACUUUCUAGAACAGAUAGAAUGCAUGGACAAUGAUAUUAAAUUUUGUGCCAUGUUGAACCCAUUGCGCAUAUGUAUGAUAAAAAUGAAAGACAAAGAAAAGGCUAUUGAAUGGUGCGUCAGUACCAUCAAAUCAUAUAUUGAGGAUUUGCCUUUUCCGAAUGGUGAUCCUGAUCGGGAUGAUGCAAUUAACAACAGAAUUAUAACAGUAUAUACAGAAAUCUUAUCAUUCUUGGAACCAUUGGUAAAAGAGGCAGUAAAGAUUAAUUCUAAGCAUGAAGAAAGAUCUCUAUUAGAGGAUUAUCUUUUAAGUCUUCUCAUUUCUUUUUAUGGAAAACCAUUUUGCUACUUGAGCAAGAGUAGCUUUGAAAAAGUAUCGUACAAGGUACUUACAAAGAAUAUAAUAACAUUGGCAUCUUGCCUUACUGGAGAUAUAUUAUAUUUUUUAGAUAUUGUUAGCAAACGUUAUAGAAACAUCAUCCGCAACGCAGCGCACGAUAAAGAUGUGUAUACUAAAAAUUAUGAAUGCAUCAUGCUCUUUGAAUCCAGUAAUAAUAUAUCUAAUUUGGCUUAUGCUCAUUUUUAUUUUCAUAUAAUUACUGAAAAAAACCAUUGGAAAAAUGUACCGCAAGUUUACACUCCUUACUAUAUUUUUGAAACGUGCGGAUAUCUUUUCAAAGUACUGCUUUGUGACGAGAGGGAGAUUUCAAUUUCUACCGGAUUAACUUUUAUGGAAUAUGUUGUAAAGCAAACUCCUCCUUGCUCCAUAAAUUCUGAAAUGUUAGGAUUGGGGAUAUAUUUGGACUUGUUUGAGCCACUUAUUACAGUAAUGAUUUACUAUGAUAAUGAUAAGGAACGAAAGAAAGCAGUAAACGUUUUCCAAAAAUAUGUCGACAUAUUUGACAUGAAAGCUAGAUAUUCAGUUAUCUCGCAUUUAUACGAAACCAGUGAGCAUUCUGGUCUACUCAGCUUAAUCAUUAAUAUAUUUAAAUCUUCGAUCAUUGCUUGUCUUGAUUCGACUCCACAGAGUUCUUACUUUCUGGGAAAGAAUAUGGAAUCGAUGUUGAAAAAGAUUUGCAAUUUGUCACACGGUAGUUCAUCGGAUUUAGUAGAGAUAUCGGAUGAAAUCAUAACUUCGUUAAACUUGUUGAGAUUCUUAUUUAUCAGAGAUCAAAACAAUGAGACCGGUGUUUGGAAUAUCACCAACAUUUUACAGACUCAUUACCUAAAACAGUUGAGAGAGGGAAUAGAUUUAUGUAAAGCACAUUGGAAAGUGAAAUUAAAAGACUUAAAGCAACAACAGAUACACGAUUAUUGUACUAAGAUACAAGAUUACAAUCAAAUGAAAAAGAAUCAUGCAGAAGUCACAUUAAUCAUCGGUGGUGAAGAAUUACCAUGCAUGCCAAUUUCGCAAAAGAUAACUGUAUGUUAUCAAGCCCUCAAUAGUUUAGAUGUGAUGGAAAGUAUUCUUAUCAGAGUCAAUGAAUGUAUUAAUGUUGGCAAAAGAUGUUAGAGAAAAGUUCAGAAAUAUGCUAAUUAAUAAAAAUGUAAUUUUCAUUAUUCUUCAAUAGAAAUUAUUAUCGAUAAUUGUAUAAGCGAUCAUGAAAUCUUGGGCUAUCAUAAAAUUGUGAAUUAUUUGUAGUUCAAUAAAAAGUUCCUCUUUUUA